AUGACAAUUAAUUUGGGUUAUCUUAUCGUCCGACCAGUAAAAAAGUAUAAAUUUACGAUUUAUCCAGAAGAUGUGACCAGUAAAGUUACUGAAGGUUCAAACUUUGAAUUUCGUUGUGAGUAUGAAAAAGGAUCAACAAAAAUUAAAUGGUACAGACGACGAAGACUAAAUGGUACAGAAGUUGAGGAUUAUGUUCCUGAAAAUCUUAUUACUGUUAGAACAACUCCUCAAAAAAGUGUUGAAGUGUAUCACAUUCCAAGAGUGUCUAUAAACGAUACAGGUGUUUACAGAUGUGAAGUUGAUGGAAAAAAUAACAGGAAAAUUUUAUCCAAACUACGCAUUCUAGAAGUCAUAGUAGGUUCAAUUUUGUAUCAAGAAAAUUCAUGCAAAUUCUAUAAUGCCAAAAAUUGA